AUGGAGCCAGACUUGAGUCUUCAGGAGGAGGGUAUGGCGGGUUCCUGGUCACUUCUGUCAUGGAUGGCCUCCUGCGUCAUGGUAUUUGGGGGGGCUCUGCCAUACAUACCCCAGUACCAGGAAAUCAAGAGGAGCAGCAACACCGAGGGGUUCUCCACCAGAGUCUGCCUUGUGCUGCUCAUAGCCAACAUACUGCGCAUAUUCUUCUGGAUUGGGAAGCAAUUUGAGUUGACCCUGCUUUUCCAGAGUAUUGUGAUGAUCCUCACCAUGUUUGGCAUGCUACACCUCUGUUGCACCAUCCAAAACACCAACCUGGUCAGCACCAAACAACAUCGACUCUCAGAGAUGGACCUGCGGUACUUCUGGAGGUGGAGUGCGUUUGAAGAUUACCUGCUCUUCUGUUUUGGUUUCACGGUGCUAUGUGCCCUGGUCACCCUGCUGCUCCUGGACUCGGUUGUGUUUAUUGAGGCACUGGGCUCCCUGGCAGUGUUGUUUGAGGCCAUGCUAGGCUUGCCACAGCUGCUGCAAAACUUCCACAAUCGCUCCACAAGAGGAAUGAGUGUGAAAAUGGUGGUGCUGUGGACAGCGGGUGACAUCUUCAAGACUACGUACUUUGUGAUGAAUGAGAGCCCAGCCCAGUUCUGGAUGUGUGGCUCUGUCCAGAUCCUGAUCGACUUGGCCAUUCUGCUUCAGGUUGUCUACUACGGCCAAGACACACGCGGCAAGCUGGGCUGA